GGUGCACAAUGAUUACGCACCACAGUCGAACCAACGGCUUCAACGACAUCCACCAUGAGGUCGCGGAUCUUCCUCCCUUUACUACUAUCUACUUCUGUUUUAGCUUCACCAAGCCCUGUCGGACAAGCUGUUCUAGGAAAUCUUGCAUCUGAGUGGGAUCGGGUCAAGCAGUCGACCACUCACUUCUUGAGCGAUGCGCAGAAGUCAAUCCUAAACGACAAGAGUGACAUGGAGAGGUGGUCUCAUGAAGGGAAGCAAUAUAUCAAACAGAAUGAAUUACUCUACGAACUUGUAUCACACCCCCUGUUCAACAAUCACCAAUUACGUGUCACAGAGCCCAGGUUGUGCGACCCAGAUGUUAAGCAGUACUCUGGAUAUCUCGAUAUCUCGGAAACCAAGCACCUUUUCUUCUGGUUCUUUGAAGCACGAGAAGCACCUGAGAAAGCACCUCUACUUCUUUGGUUGAAUGGUGGGCCAGGCUGCAGCUCGUCGACCGGUCUUCUUUUCGAGUUGGGACCUUGCAGUAUCGCCAACCAAGGUCACAACACCACUUACAAUCCCUACAGUUGGAACAAGCACGCGAACAUCAUUUUCCUAGAUCAGCCUGUUCAAGUCGGUUAUUCAUACGACGAGGAUGGUGACACCGUCAGUACUAGCCCUGCCGCAGGACAAGACGUGACCGCCUUCCUUCAACUCUUCCUGGACCGGUACCCGAAAUACUCUACCCAGCCAUUCCACCUCGCUGCGGAGAGUUACGGAGGCACCUAUGGUCCGAAUAUUGCAACCGUCAUUCACAAGAAGAACCAAGAACUUUUGUUGGCUCCCAACCCGUAUCUGAAGCACAUCAACCUUGCGUCAGUCAUCUUGGCGAACGGCCUGACAGACCCGAAGAUUCAGUAUGGUUCAAUACCAGAUUACGUCUGUGGAGGGCCCUACCCUGUGUAUCCUGAUCCUGAGGACCCCCAGUGCGCUGCAUUACGAACGAAGAUACCGACAUGUCAACGGCUUAUCGAAUCUUGCUAUAAAUACAACUCCAGACUCACCUGCGUACCAGCUGUGUUGUAUUGCAACUCGCAAAUCAUGGGACCGUUAAUUCAAACGGGGCUUAACCCAUACGACGUUCGGAAGAAGUGUGAUCGAGCUAGGGACGGUGAUCUUUGUUAUAAGCAAAUGGGAUGGAUCGAUGUCUGGAUGAAUGACCUAAAGAACAAGGUCCCACUGGGAGCUAACCCCCAGAAGACGUUCCAAUCAUGCAACAUGGAUGUAAACAAAGCUUUCACUUUACAAGGCGACGGUAUGCACAACAGCGCUUUGUUACUUCCCGACUUAAUCGCAGACGGUGUUCGUCUGCUUGUUUACGCUGGAAAUGCCGAUAUGAUGUGUAACUAUAUGGGUAACGAACUUUGGGUGGAAGCUCUCGACACGCCGUUCAAGGCAGAGUUUGCCAGUGCCAUGGCCCUCCCAUGGAUUGAUUCCGCCGACGGUCGCCAGGCAGGUGGUGUUCGGAGUGCUGGUGGAGGCGGUUUCACCGCAGGCAACAUCACUUUCGUCGAGGUCUAUGAGGCGGGCCAUAUGGUCCCGUAUGAUCAACCUUCUGCCGCUUUGGAUCUCAUCACUCGCUGGCUCAGCAAUACACCUUUGAGUUAAGUUAUUACUUUGCAAACCUCCAUCUAGAGAACGCGCUGCAUCAUAUUGUUAUUUUCCCCCGUAAACCUCCCAUGAAUACAUGAUCAUCGUUCUGCCAUCCAGCA